AUGGGCAACAAUAAUAGCCGUAUAACGGCCCAGGAUCGGGCGAUCCUUGACCUUAAACUCCAGCGCGACAAGCUGCAACAGUACCAGCGGCGCAUCCUCCCCUUGGUCGCCCGCGAGACGGACAUGGCGCGGCAAAUGCUGGCGGCAGGCGACAAGCCGCGGGCCCUGCUGGCGCUGCGGCGCAAAAAGUACCAGGAGCAGCUGCUCUCGCGGACGGACCAGCAGCUGCAGCAGCUCGAGCAGCUCGUGCGCAACGUGGAGUUUGCCCAGAUCCAAAAGGACGUCGUCUUUGGCCUGCAGCAGGGCACAAAGGUCCUCAAGGAGAUCCACGCCGAAAUGGGCGGCAUCGAGCGCGUCGAGCUGCUCAUGGGUGAGAGCGCCGAGGCCAUUGCCUAUCAGAAUGAAAUCAGCGAAAUGCUCGGCCAACGGAUAACGAAUCAAGACGAAGAAGAAGUUGAAGACGAAUUAGCCGCCUUGGCAGCCGAGGUCAAUGGAACCACGAAAUUACCAGAUGUGCCGCAGGACAAGUUGCCCGACGCACCCCAGACCGAGCCCGAGACAGAGCCUGCAAGAGUACAGGAGCGGCAAGAAACAAGAGAGGCAAUAGCUGCAUAA